AUGGCGCCCGUCGUAGAUAUGAGCGACAAGAACGCGUGGGAUGAUUCUCUACUGAUCGAUUCCUGGGAUAGCGCGGUUAACGAGUAUAAAAAAUAUCACAGCAUCCACCAAUCGGGUAAGAAACUUGAAGACGUCCUAACUGAGGAGGAGCUAAAGGAAAUACGAGCGGACUAUGGAGACUUGAUGGAUGGAGCGGAGACGGCAUCGGCAGCAGCAGAGACCAACGGCGUCGCGGAUCAUGAAGAUGUCGAUACGCCAAUGUCAGAAACCAAUAGCGUUGCUCAGGCAGACCAAAGCGGUCCGUCGCCGCAGCAGGAACCAGAUCUCUCCGGAGAGCAAGAACCGCAGAUCCAAUCGCCAAGGGCUGAGGCUCCUCCGGUGCCACAUGCUGCCGGAAGUCUUGCAGAUGCCAUGCCGCAGGCCAUUCUUGGAACAGUGCAGGAUGAGAAUAUGAAGAACAUUAUGAUGUCGUGGUAUUAUGCCGGUUACUAUACUGGUCUGCAUGCUGGACAACAGCAGGCUCUCAAGGAGCCCCCAUCAACACAGUAG